CCGCUCUCUCCGCUCCUCCGCAUCCUUAACUUACCUACACCUCCUCAUUCUUGUACUGACUGCUCACCUUCUGUUUCUCUUCUCUUCCUAUUUGAUCAAUCUCUCCCGUCUUCCGUUACCCUGACAAUGUCUCUCCCAACAAACGUCCACAUCUCCACCCACCCCUGCCUCCAGGCGAAGCUCUCCCAGCUCCGUUCCCAAAGCACCACCCCGCGCGAGACCAGGGCGCUGGUCGAAGAGAUUGCCUCUAUUCUAGGUGUAGAGGCUUUUGCCCAGGGACUGACAUUGACCAAGACCGGCACUGACCGCACCCCGCUCGGCGUUGAAUAUGAAACCUCGACCACUGAGCCGGCAGAUCUGGCUCUGGUUCCGAUCCUCAGAUCUGGACUGGGCAUGAUUGAUGCGAUAACCUCCCUCCUCCCCACCGCCGUCCCCAUCUACCACCUUGGCCUCUUCCGCGAGCCCGUCGGCCUCCAACCGGUAGAAUACUACAAUAACCUUCCCUUUCACAAAUCCGCCCUCUCCCCCGCCAGCCCCGCCUCUACAGACCCGACCACCAACACCGCAGCCUCAACGCUGGCCAUCCUUCUGGACCCCGUCAUCGCGACGGGUGCCACCGCCGAUGCUGCGAUCCAGACACUCCGGGACUGGGGCGUGCAGCGAGUGAUCAUGAUUAGCGUGUUGGCGAGUGUGGAGGGGGUGAAGAGGGUUGCCGGGAGUUGGGAGGGGGUGCAGAUUUGGGUGGGAGCGGUGGAUGAGAAGGUGAAUGAGAAGGGAAUGAUCGUGCCGGGUGUGGGGGAUAUCGGAGAUCGGUUGUUUGUUGCACUGGGGAAGUAGACGCAACGUAGUAGGCGGUUCCUUGACAGACGGAGGGGGAGAACAAGGACUUGAAUUUUUAUCGGAUUUGGAACCAAAUGAGCAAUUAGGAUUGAGAUAUAGCUACGGCACGAAAGACUUGAUAUUAAAUAGGAAUUGGUUCCAGCAAGAACGAGGUUGAACGCGUUGUACUACCUUGUAUGUCUGUACCGUGAGAGAAGAUUGUCCCCGCCAAAAUGUUGUAUUCAUCGAUUACGUAUAGUACAUGGAAAUAAUUCAAAGAUAUAGAGAGAAAACAUCAAAUAAACAUGUGCAAAUGAAACCAAGAUGCUGAACCAAGAUGCUGAGAAAAAGAUAAUGUAAAAAGCAAAACCAGAUUGCAAGCAGAUCGCAAGGCGGGGGGAAGACACAGCGCAGGAUCAAAUCAAGUCAAAUCACGCAGAUGCAAUCAAAACGAAUACAAGCGGUCGAGUCGACAAGCAUGAAGCUUGCUUCCUGUAAAUCUCCUGGUCGGGAGUAAAGAGAAAGAGACGGCGACGCGCAAGAAAGGACAAAAAAAAGGACUGCGAAAAAAAGCAGGCACGGGAAAAUCCAACAUCAAAAAGGUAUCAAGAGAUUCAACAAAAAAGCUGACAGAUGGACUGACUGGGGGGCACGAUUAGGGGCUAGAAAGUUGUCGCAAAGCACAAGGCAGUCAAAGAUGAUAAUAGAACUCCAUCGAGUGCGAGACGAGCACACAGGUCCAGCCAGGUGUCGAAAAGGCAGAGCCAAGAAAAACAGCGCAAGUGAACACCACACCGGACUCCCAGGUUGGAAAACGAGGAAGGGAGAGAGACGAAAUAGAAAACAAACGCGAGAAGAUGCAACCCAGAAUUUAAAAGCAGAAAGUCAGGAAUCACCACACGGGCGUCGCGACGGCGGUAUCUCCCAAAGCCAAAGCCCAAAACACCCCGCCUAGCCCAUUGGCAUUUAUCCAUUCCUGAGUUUCCCAUGUGUCCCAAUGAAAGCGUCCAGAUAAUUAGAGUAAUAAAAAAAAAAAAAAAGCCCGGAAGACUAUUGGGGAAAAAAGCGGUCGAAAGAAGAAAAAAAGUCAAAGAGAGUAGAGAAGUGUUUAGUACGCGGUGCCGACGCUGGCGAGCGACUUGGUGGACACCGCGUGAAUCGGCUGAUCCUUUGCCACACGCAGAGAAUCUUCAUAGCCGACAAGAGCCUGGGAGUGCAGCUUGAAUGACUCGCCCAUCAGCUUGGUAAUUC